AGAGCUAACCCACCAAAGAGAACUCAGGGGCAGUUCUGUUGGAGAGCUGAUGUGAUUCAAAGGAGAAAGGACAGUUUCGAAGCUCAGACGUGUGAAUAGCUGCAGAAAUACAGUGAGCUCGAAAAAAAAAACUCUUUGGUAACCUCAGCAAAGGAAUAAAGCACCGGGGCAGAAGGACGAUGACAUCGGUCCAGCGGCUCCUGCUGCUGCUCUCCUUGGCUUUUGCCAGCAUCUGUGUCAACGUGGGGCAGCCGUUUCCAGAGGGGGUGGAGAACGAGGGAAAGAGCAAUCUGGAUGGCAUCCUCCAAAGGGCAGAAAACAUCAUCUUGAAGUCCAUUUUGAAGAAGGUGGACGAUGACAAAGAAGAUCCUAACAAAGAGCCAGGAGCUUUUCAGCCAGACUGGAUCUCGAAAAGGCAGCACCCCGGAAAGAGAUCUCUCUAUGAUCUAGAAAAGAAGCAGCAUCCCGGGAAAAGGGAAGAUGUGGAUGAGGAAUCUUACGGAGAAACUAUGAAGCGUCAGCACCCUGGGAAAAGAGAGGAAGAGGGUGAAUUUGAUCCCUACCUGGAAGUGCAGAAGAGGCAGCACCCAGGCAGGAGGUACCUGCAAGAACAAUACCUUGACCUCCCUAGCAGCAGCCAGCUAGCUUAUCUGGAUGAAUUCUCCAAAAGGCAACAUCCAGGCAGGAGGUACCUGACUUACAGCAAACGACAGCACCCUGGCAAGAGGAGCUGGGAGGAGGAGAUUGAUGAGGGCGAGCAGAACUUGGAGAAACGACAGCAUCCAGGCAAGAGGUAUCUGGUGGAUGCAGAGAACCCAGACUACACUACAGUCCCCUGCGAGCCCCAGGAUUCCUUUGAAUGUAGCAAAGGCAGCUUGCUGCUAGAGUUGCUCGAUAACGUAAGCAAGGGCCGCGUCGACGAGAAGCGGCAACAUCCCGGAAGAAGGUCUUCAUGGGAUGGUGCGGUAGAGGAAGAGGAAUGAGACGUGGCCAGGGUGUGUGCUUUCUCGUUGUUUUCAUUCCUCCAAAUGAUUUCUCCCAACCAUUCAAUGUUCCAUCCAUAACCCCUUUUCUUCUUCUUUUUUUACUUUCUGCUUGCUGAAAACUACUUCGCAGGUGAUUCUUUAUAGUGUGCUCCUUCCUGGUGGGCUAUGGUCCAGAUUUAGCAAUGCAUGGACAUACGGAUUUCAUUUUAAGCAUGGCACUUCGUGCCCCCCCCCACCCCUUGAGAGGCGCAUGGCCAGGCUCACCCCCACAUACUUAAAAUGGAACGUGUUAGUAAAGGAUGAUUCCAAUGUUUCAUUUCUUGCGUAGGCCAGAGGUUAAUAUGGGACGAAACCCAUCCAAACGCAAGGGUAGUCAGAUGUCAGUCUUCUUGAUGCUUGCAACUGGCAUUCCAGCUCCAAAGGAGCUUGCAAAAGCACACUUCGUACUCAUCUCUGAGUAUGUUGUUUGCUGUUUUUGUCUAGCAUUUCCUUCUAUGGGGCUUCAGUCAGAGAAACACAGUGCCAGAAUCAGCUGCAGGUCCCUUUUAAUCCUGAAAAUUGGGAAGUGCUUCCAGCAAAUGUAUGCCAAUGGGUGUGCCCAUGUGGAAGUAAUAUGAAAGCCUGUGGAUAAAGGAGGGAGGGCUUAGGGCAGGACUCUGGCCACAUGGACAGCUUAGCCUGUGCAAGCCUGUUCAUCACUGGGGCCACUCAUUGUCCAAUGCAAAGUGGACAGAGUGGUUUGCUUUUUCUUCUAGAAGGGAAACCAUUUUAUGCACUGACAAGAUGACUCGCCAUGCAGGCAGCAAGGACCACGAUGGUCCAAACACUAUUGCAAUGAAGGAAAAAAAUCCACAAGGAGCCUGAUCCACAAAUAUAAGUAAUACCAGUGUGUGUGUAGAAUUCUGACUGGGGUCAGUAUUCCCCAAUCUUUAUAAGUGCAUUCCAUCCAUAUCCACACAGGUUCCAUGAAGCUACUUUUCCUGUUCUGGAAGUUUUUAUGCAGGGCCUCUAGCUAUUCUCCAUGUGGCAAUGCUGCUUUCAAGUGGUCUUGAUGAUAGGGGUUUGUGAAAAGCCGGUGCCUUCUCUAUGCUGCCAAAGGUGGAUUGGACUGAUAUCUUGCUAAUGAACAGGAUUAAUGUGCAUAGAGGAAUGGCAUGCCUAUUUAGCAAAUCUGACAUUUGCUAUUACCCUUUGCCCUGAAAGUGAGUCAUAGUAGUGCACGAUUUUGUUUGGGAAAUCCACAGCUGAGAAACCUCACAGGGCCUGGGUUCCAGUAUGCUGUCUUUGAAUCAAUGCCUCACUUUGUUUCCAAAUAAGGAUUAAUUACAAUAAAUAUUUUAAAUUGCA